AUGAAGGUAAUAUCAUUAGGCCUAAUUUCCUCAAUAAUAUUUAGUAUAGUUUUAGCAGGAAAGGGUUCGGGUUCAAAGUCCACGGGUUGCUUUUCAUUCUGUAGAAAAAAAACAAAGGAAGUCGAUAUUGAAGAUGAGCCACCUCAAACUAUAGAAUAUAAGAAGCCUAAAAGUACGGAUUAUGACCCUGAUCUUCCAAAUCUCAAAUUUAUAGAUGAAUUCACUCCAAUAAUAUUAGAAGUUUCCAACGAACGUAAAAGUCAAUUAAGUGACCCCUUUACCUCAGAAACCGAUGGUGAUGUCAUUGAUAAAGUAACCGGAUUUUUAAGAAGAGAAAAUAAAUCCAAUAGAAGAGGAUGGUAUGUUAGACCAUAUGAAGAAGAAUAUGAAAAUAUGAUUAAGGUUAAUUUUAAGCCUCUUAACGAGUUGCAAUCUCCUCAACCCACCCCAAAUGUUGUGCAUAACGUUGGUUCCAUACCUUUACCACCUAAUAUAUUUAGAAAACGAAAUUCAGAUUCAAUAAGUGAAAAUAGCUCAAGUACAUCACAUGAAGAUGACGCAAGUGCAGUAUAUGAAGAUGACGCAAAUACAAUACGUGAAGAAAUCACAAGUAUAUUACAUGGAAAUCAAGGAUUAUAUGAAUUUGGAUCAUAUCUUAAUAAUGGCGAAAAUGCAGAAGAUCAAGAAUUAGAUGAUGAAGUUGCAUCAUGCUUCGCAGAUGGAGAAAAUGUAAAUGAUAAAGAAUUAGAUGAAGUUAUAUCAUAUCUCGCAAAUGGAGAAAAUGUAAAUGUAAAUGUAAAUGAAAAUGUAAAUGAAAAUGUAAAUGAAAAUGUAAAUGAAAAUGAAAAUGAAAAUGAAAAUGAAGAUGAAGAUGAAGAUGAAGAUGAAGAUGACGAUGAAGAUGACGAUGAAGAUGACGAUGAAGAUGACGAUGAAGAAUAA